AUGACGGAGCGGGAAACGAGCGCCGGCUUCCACGUCGGCGGCGAGACUGUACAAACAUACAACGACGAGCACUACAAGAAGCUCCGAGAGAGAUGGGGUUUGGGAGAUGACUUCCUCGCGACCUUCGACUUUACUAAGAACAUGAAGGGCGGCGGCGGGAAGGGCGGCGACCUCAUGGGGUUUACGACCGAUAAACUUUUUAUCGUGAAGGAGGUCAAUCCGGGAGACCAGAAAUCACUCCUGAAGAUCACGGAGGACUACGCUCAACAUCUCUUGGAUCCCCACGGCUCUUUGCUAGCGAGGUUCUUCCUCCACUUUUCUAGAAAAGGAAAAGAUUUCCUCGUGAUGAACAACUGGAUGCCUCCCCCUAGAUACGAUGCGGUCGAUUCCAUGGAAGAAUUGGGCUUCGACCUGAAGACGAAUUAUAAUAGAUUCGACCUCAAGGGCUGCGCGGACGACAAAACGUUGGUAGCACUCGGAGAACCGGUCCACGCGGUGCACAAGCGCAUCUUUAAUGUGGGGAUGUGGUGCGGCGACGCGCUCUGGACGCCGGAGCGCAAGCGCUACUUCGAGGGCAAGAAGCACGCGCGAGAGGUGAAGUUCCACGUGUCUCAAGCUACACACGACGAGAUCUCCAAGCAAACGAAACGAGACGUGGCGUUCCUCCAGAAGUGGGGCCUCAUGGACUAUUCGUUGGUUGUCAGUUAUCACGGCGUGCCCCGGACCCAUCUGGAUGUAGCUCGUAGUGUAUACGCGGGCACUUCCGAUGGAGGCGCCCAACCCUACUUAGCUGCAUCAAAGGACACAUUAUACAUAAGCUACGUGGGCAUCAUCGACUUCCUCCAGGACUGGACCUGCGCCAAGAAGGUCGCCAUGUGCGUCAAGUGCUGCGAGCGCAACAAGGCCACGAUCCCGCCGGUCUGCUCCAGCGUCCUUUCUUUGAUGAACGCCGCGGCGACGGCGUGGGGGGUCACGCCUCGUCGUCGCGAGUGAUGUACCCCGCCGUACGCCGCCGACGCAAUGCAUACGUAUACGCGCAGGUUCCGUACGGCGACCGCUUCGCGUCCUUCGUCGACGCCAAGUUUGUUGGCGACUGCGCGCCCGUGCCCGAGGUCGUCGCGCUCGACGCGACGCCCUAGAGUAACA